GGUAUACCGUACAACCCAUACAAUUUGAAUCCAAUCAAGCCGAAAAGAUCAUCUGAGUCCGGUUCCGAGACUGGCAAUGAAGAUGAAGAUGAAGAAGAUGAUGAUGAGUGGGACUCGGAGAUAGAAGAAGAUGAAGGCAAACAGCACAAAUUCAAAUUAGAUCCAGAUCUGAUGCAUAUCACGAAGAAAAGUGCCAGAUUGAUUUCUGGGGAAGAUUGCGCGAAACGGGCUAUGGAGUAUCAUUUCUUCAAACAUUGGAAGAUGCAUCUGCUCAAGAAGCUCAAGAAGCUCAUCAAACCUUUACGAGAGCAGACCCCGGCUCUCAAGAAAAACUAUCGAUACUCCGAUCCCAAGCCGAGUCCGGACCGAUUACGAUUGAUGAAACGCGAGAUUCGAGGGCUUUGUCAAUCCGUCGAAGCUGAUAAAACUCUUUCAAACUUAGACAACUUGUAUAACCACUUCAUCAGCCGGUUAAAUAAAAUCAGACAGACUUACGUUAACGCUGGAUAG